CAUUUAUUCGUAAAUGAGAUCAGGUGUGAGCAGUGCAGGGGUAAAGAGAACCGGAGCGCUAACUGACAAGUUUCUACGAGCUACUUGGGAUUAAAAAUACGUUUUACUAAUAAGUUCUAGCCGACUUCUGUAAAGGUUGUCAGUGGAAGCUCAGCUUUUAAAAUGAAUGAGACGGAAUAUUAUAAAGUACCGUUUUCCGAAUAUGGUUUUGAACAGCAAUUCGACGAGCGAUGGGCUAUCGAAUGGAUGCAGGGAAACUGGAGGAAGGCUUUUUUGUUCUGUGGCCUGUAUGCAGCGCUGGUGUUUGGAGGUCAGCAUUUCAUGAAGGAGAGGCCUAAACUUCAACUGCGCAGACCACUGGUGUUAUGGUCACUCAGCCUGGCCAUCUUCAGUAUGAUUGGAGCAGUACGAACAGGGUGGUACAUGAUGUAUAUCCUCUCCACGAGUGGGUUCAGGCAGUCUGUAUGUGAUCAGAGCUUCUACAAUGGACCUGUGAGCAAGUUCUGGGCCUAUGCUUUUGUCCUGAGCAAAGCCCCUGAACUAGGUGACACGGUGUUCAUCGUGCUCCGUAAGCAGCGGCUGAUCUUCCUCCACUGGUACCACCACAUCACCGUGCUGCUGUACUCCUGGUAUUCCUACAAGGACUUGGUGGCCGGUGGCGGCUGGUUCAUGACCAUGAACUACUCUGUUCAUGCGCUCAUGUACAGCUACUACGCAGUGCGGGCGGCUGGCUACAGAGUGCCGCGACCCUUCGCCAUGGUCAUCACCACCUUCCAGAUCGCCCAGAUGGCCAUGGGGCUGACGGUCAACAGGCUGGUCUACCGGUGGAUGCAGGAGGGCAACUGCCACUCCUACCUGAACAACAUUGUGUGGAGCUCCCUCAUGUACCUCAGCUACCUGGUCCUUUUCUCCUCGUUCUUCUACCAGACCUACUUGAAAGGCAACAGUGGCAAGAGCUCCAAAACGGACUAGUUUGUCGGGGAGGGAAGGGGAAUUUGCUCACUGCCUGACUGGGCCCAAUUGAAGUAUGGCUGUUCUCUGUACACCUGUUAGUUUACCAGCGCUCAAAUGCUGCACUAUUUGGAGUGUUAAUGUUUUCAUGAAGAUAGAGCUUUGUUAUUUUUUUUGUGGCUCAUCACAUUGUGUGUGGUAAUGCGUGUUUCCUGUUGCCUGAUCUUUACAUUCCAGCAGGCCCAUGUAAUGGUGCCUCUUGCAGGUUUCUGUUCGGACCGGUUGGACUUGUUUUCCAUCUGGUACAAUGUGCUCUUGUCAUUGUUGGUGGACAGACUUCAGAGUGGAUAGCAGACACGCCCGAGCCGAACCCCAAUACCUAGCAUGAUUCAUUCAUAUGGAUUAGUUUACGUAAUCUUCUCUGACUGCUUCUAGAUGAAGACCUUCGAUACCUCUGACCUAAUACCCAAAAUUCACCCUGUGUGCGAUUUGGUGACUUGCGUAGACCGAGGCGUUGUUCUGAUGGGAGGGUAUCCCCCUAAAAGCAGCCCUUUGUGUGGUACUCUUAUAUAAAUGUUUAAUAUUUAUUAAUUUGAUAAUAUGAAGGCUGCUGCAAAAGUGCCGGAAAUGUCAAACGUUCCCAUGACUUCACUCCACAAUUGUUCGAUUUGUUUACCACCUGCAAUAUUUAUUUUCAUACCAUUUGGAUGUGAGGUGCCAUGUUGCUUUUGUAAUGCAACAGGGGAGUGGUUUAUGGUUUCGCUGUCACGUUCCAGGAAUCUGAUUAAUGCUGUGGUUCCCAAAUGGAAUUCCUAACUACAAGGGAAAAACCUGUUAGUUGACAGGCAUUUUGUCCCCCUCUACCUCAUUCUAAAAUUGUUUGCUUUUAAGAUUUUUAGAAUGAUUUGUGCUUUGUUUUUAAGUAGCCAGCAACUGAUGUAUAUUGACUUGGCAAAAUUGUCUUGCUAUUUAAAAUUCAGUUCUGUAUAUUUAAGCUUAUUUAUUGGAUUUAAUUUACAGGUUGAAAGGACUAUGAAUGUAUCAUAUCUAAUUACUACGGUAGGGGAAGCCUUGCAUUAGCUAUGGAGGUUCUUUUUAGCUUGAGUUAAAUGCCAUUUUCCUUCACCACUUGUAGUGGAAUUUGAAUCUGCAGCAGAAAAAGUUAAACUUGUUUGUGCCAAGUGAUUGCUGAACAAUCCUGUCUUGACUAAUGGUGCAAUUUCUCUUCUUUAUAUAUUGCCUUAUCGAGCAGAUGAACACAAGCCACUAUUGUACUUUGAUCUGAUUUCAAGUGUUUAAGAUUACUCAUACUGUUGUAAAUAGCAAAAUAUGGUCUUAUUUCUAAAAUGUAUUAUAAUAAAGCUGUCUAUUUCAUUA